AUGCUGUUCCUGACGGCUAGCGCCCGGUCGCCGGCUUCCUUGGCCCCCGGACGCCGGGUAUCGGCCCCGAUCGGUGUCGACCCAUCAUCAUCACACCUGAAUCACACUACUUUCCCCCUCUGGUCUGGGGCUGUUUGGGCCACGGAAUGGGUGCCAAUUGACGUCCUGGAUGUUUCUCCCUCGGCUUCCGGCUCCACCGAGCAUCCCCCGGCAGGGUCAUCUACCUCAGCUUCGGAGCCCGGAUCAUCCACCCCCGAGCCUGGAUCCUCCGCACCCGGAUCGGAAUCCACCCUCCCCGAGGACGGAUCUUCGGUUUCGGGCUCCGCACCAUCCAGUCCGGGAUCUGGGUCAUCUGCUCCGGGCUCGACCUCCUCGCCGGGCUCGACCUCCUCGCCGGAUGCCUCGACCUCCUCGCCGGAUGCCUCGACCUCUUCUUCGGACUCGACCUCUUCUCCGGACUCGACCUCUUCUCCGGACUCGACCUCCUCGCCGGAUGCCUCAACUUCAACCCCAGGGGAAUCCUCCUCCUCCUCCAGUGCUCCCGGCUCGUCCUCUUCAUCCUCCUGCUACGGAAUUGACCCACCGGACUGGUCUGACUCGGAGUCCGGCAUGAGCUGCCCGAACCAGUGCAGCAACCGCGGCACCUGCAACGACGAUACUCAGCGCUGCACUUGCCCCUACCCCUACGAUUGGGCAGCCGACUGUUCACUGGCACGCCAUGAGCUCACCAACCAGAAGGCCUACGACGCGUAUCGCUUCCUGAUUGUUGUGGUCUUUUCGGUGCUCAUGCUGGUCACUAUUGUCUUCCUCUUCAAGGCCUACUCCGCUGGCUUCCCUCCGGCCAAGUGGUUCACCCACCAGACCAUCGGGUAUCUGGUUCUCUUCAUGGCCUUCAGCGUCCGCGCGGCUUUCUAUUCCACCGAUCCCGCCGACAUCUAUCCCCCGCCGAUGCCCCGCUGGGCGUCGCGCCUUGGCCGGUUCCUUUUCUACCCGUUGACAUUCACGGCGUACACGCUGGUGUUGCAGAUGUGGGCCACGGCCUACUUCAUGGCGGCCAUCGCCCGCGGGCAGAAUCCCAAGCACCAAAAGGACCUCCUCUUCCGUCGGGUGCAGCUUCCCUUCAUCGUAUCCAACAUCGCCAUCUACUCCAUCGAGGUGGUCUUCUUGAUGGUGGAUGUGCUGGUGCCAUUUGAUGACUCGCUCAAUAGCGCCUACAGCCACCGGACCAUCUACCAGGUGUACUUGGCCAUCGUCUUCACGGUCAUCUGCAUCGGCUUCAUCUACUACGCCAUCCGGAUCCGGCGCCAGCUGAAGGCCUUCAGCUGGAUCGGCGGCAGCGGCACCUCCGGCGGCAUGUCCUCCGGCGGGGGUGGGGGUGGUGGCGCCGGCCCCGGCGGCCUGCCCGGCUCCUCGGGCUCCGGCUUCCGGGCCACCUUGCGGAGUUCAUCGCUGUUGGCCAUUUCCGGCGGCAAUCGCGGUCUCAAUGCCCUGCGCAAGGUCAUCGCCCUGACCACCGGCACGGCCAUUUGCUUCCUCUUCGGCAUUGUCCUGUCGAUCAUCAUGCUGAUCGAUGUGCCCUCUUUCAACAACUUCGUUGCCUGGUGCGUGGGCGAUGCGCUCCAUGAGUUGGCGCUGGUCGUGUCGUCGGUCCUGCUGUUGAUCAUGCUCGGGGCCCCGCGGCGCAUCGGCAAGCGCCUGCCCGCCCGGCCGGCUCAGCGUUCGGCCAAUGCGGCGGCAGCGGCCGCCGCUUCGGCAGCCGCCGCCGCCGCCGCCGUCGCCUACCCCCCGGACGAUGGGGUCAUCACCUCGGCCCAGCUGAACCCCACCGGCUCGUCCAUUUACUACACCCCGGCCAGCCUGCCAGGGGUCGCUGGAUCCGCCGCUGCCGUGGCGCCUGGCAUCACUCCCAGUCCGUCCAUCAUCGGCACCGGGCACCAUGCAUCGCCAUCCAUCCUGGCUCAUGGGAGUGGCGGCGUGCCCAGCUUGGUGGCCACUCUGCCUGGCGAUUCUCUGGUCGCCAGCCGGAGUUCGCCGCCCGGUGCCGCCGCCGCCGGGACCGGCAGCGGGGACCCGGUGGCUGGUGGGCCGCCCCUCCGCGGCCCGCCCGGUCAGCAGCCCGUCGGACUGAUGGGUUCCUUCGGCCUGUCGGCCAACUCGGCCUACUCGUCGCUGGCGAUGUCGCCAGGCCUUCCGCCCGCCGGUGUCGCCGGUUCCGGCGUCAUCCCCCCCGGCGCCUCCUCGCCGUCUCUCUUCACAUCCCUCUCCUCGGGCGGUUCGGCGGCGCUUAGCGUAGUGGGAGCCACCCCGGCCGGCCAUGCGUCCCCCUACUCCAGUCUCUAUGCCAGUAGCCUGUCUCCGAGCGCGGGCCUGAUCGGGCGCGGGCCGCUCCCGGGGGGUCCCCUGGCGCUGGAUCUCGGCCCGCCGGGGGCCAUCUCCUUCAAGGGGAGCAUCCAGUCCCCGGGGUCGGAUUACCAGAGUGCCUCGCUGUUGGCCCUGGAUGAUGAUGAUGAUGGUGUCGACGGCCCGGUGCCGCCGGAGUCGCAGCCACUCCUCUGA